AUGCCUUCACAGCCAGCCAUCGACUUUAAACUAUUGCGACCCAAGAAUAACUUUGCCAACGAGCGCACAUUCAUCAAGUGGCUGCAGCUAGCCGUGACGAUGGGUGGCCUCGGCCUGGCGCUGCUGAACUUUGGCGGCAGCGGCAUCCGCGUGCGCAUCUCAGCCUUUAUAUUCGAGACUGGCGCCCUGGGCUUGAUUGUCUACGCAUACGUUAUGUUUUGGAAUCGGGCGGAGAGACUGCGCCGCGGAGAGACUGGUACCUGGGACGAUCGCUUUGUGCCGGUUGUCGUCGUCGUGUUCUUUAUAUUUGCCACGGCCAUUAACUUUGGUUUGACCUUUCACAAGAAGACGUAUAUUCCGCCCCUCGAUAAGCUGUUGGCAGUUACCAUGGCGUGGGGCGAGAGGACCCAUUGA